CACCCAGAUCUCAGGCGCGAAAAACUACAACUCCCGGCAUGCCGCGAAAUUGACGGCUGAGGCGCUGAGGCACUGAGGCGGGGUCCAGCCCUCCUUCGGCCUCCCUGCUCACUUCACCGGUCCCCGCAGCUCUCCCGGCCGCGCGCGGAACGGGGACACGAGCCAUGGAGGAGAAAUCGCUGAGCGGCAGCAAGCCGCACCUAGAGAAACUGACCCUGGGGAUCACCCGCAUCCUAGAAUCUUCCCCAGGAGUGACAGAGGUAACCAUCAUAGAAAAGGCGCCUGCUGAACGUCAUAUGAUUUCUUCAUGGGAACAAAAAAAUAACUGUGCGUUGCCUGAGGAUGUGAAGAAUUUUUACCUGAUGACCAAUGGCUUCCACAUGACAUGGAGUGUGAAGCUGGAUGAUCACACCAUUCCAUUGGGAAGCAUGGUAAUUAACAGCAUCUCAAAACUGAGUCAACUUAACCAGUCUUCCAUGUAUUCACUUCCUAAUGCACCAACUCUUGCAGACCUGGAGGACGAUACAGAUGAAGCCAAUGAGGACCAACCAGAGAAGCCUCACUUUGACUCUCGCAGUGUGAUAUUUGAGCUAGAUUCUUGCAAUGGAAAUGGGAAAGUUUGCCUUGUCUACAAAAGUGGGAAACCAGGAUUAGCGCAAGACACUGAGAUCUGGUUCCUGGACAGAGCUUUAUACUGGCAUUUUCUCACAGACACCUUUACCGCCUAUUAUCGCCUGCUCGUCACCCACCUGGGCCUGCCCCAGUGGCAGUAUGCCUUCACCAGCUAUGGCAUUAGCCCACAGGUCAAGCAAUGGUUCAACAUGUAUAAACCCAUCACCUACAACACAAACCUGCUCACAGAAGAGACCGACUCCUUUGUGAACAAGCUGGAUCCCAGCAAAGUAUUCAAGAGCAAGAACAAGGCCUUAAUCCCCAAAAAGAAAGGGCCUGUGCAGCCUGCAGGUGCCCAGAAAGGGCCACCAGGUCCCUCCACCUCUAAAUCCUCCUCUGGCUCUGGAAACCCUGUCCGGAAGUGAGCCCUCCUGCCUCUAGCUCUCUGCCAGUCAUGCCACACUGGUGAUCUCCAUGCAUAGAUGACCCCCAAAGGUGGCCCAAGCCUCUGAUUCUGUGUGUUGAACCUUAGGUGUCAUCCCAUCUGAGUGACCAAAAUCCUAAGCCUUUUACUCCCAUUCGCAUCAGCCAAGAGUUAGAAGGGCAUACCAAAGUCUCCUCAAGAGUCCUUCCCUUAUAGUCCUCGCAGCAGGUGGUGCCAUCCUGUCUCUGGAAGCAGUGGAGAAUUUUGAAUCUUGUUUAAGUGGUCAAAUAGAUCUGUUGACAGCUUUCCUUUCUUUCUACACCCUCUCCCCUUCUCUCAGUAAUGAUUAGAUAAGUUCUGUGAAGAAACCACUGGUUUUGAGCUAUGAAGUGUUAGAACUGCAUAGUUCAAUUGGUAGCCACUAGCCACAUGUGGCUAUUUUAGUUAAUAUUAAAUUAAAAUUUUAAUUCCCCAAUUGCACUAACCACAUUUCAAGUAUUAAUUGGCUAGUGGCUCCUAUAUUGGAUAGCACAGAGAUACAGACCAGUCCACAUAUACCUAAUAGUUGACACAAAAUAAAUCUGAACCUACUUACUACAUCUUGUGGAAUUUCUGUAGAGAAGAUUGCUCGGUUUUCAGAUAGGAAUGUCUGAAUAUAUUUCCUUACUCUGUAGCACUGGCAGUGGCUAGAAGCAAGGCCCUCAUUCCACUUCUCAGCACAGA